AGCACGUUCGGCUGGUGGCUAGCUCCUGCAACGUGCGCCGUGGAGAGCAGGAUCUGGUCUCACCGGGACAUCGAAAGGAAAUUCCUAUCCAGCCACGGAAAGGGGAACAAUUUUCAUUCCACAGUGCCGAUCGUAGUGCCGGCCGCUGCUUGCACAGUGGUCGGCUACCGUAGGACCGGAAGCCCAGCCAAGCUCAGAGACAAGCCCGAAACGAGGCAAUCCGUUUAGUCAGUCAAUCCAGCAUCAGGAGGUGCCCGAGCGACGACGGAGGUUAUCGGAGUGCGUUUGUGUGUGCUCGGUGAAAGAAAUCUAACGGGCAGUGCGAUGAGUGGCCUUUGAGUGAACCACCACACCGUGCUUCUAUUUUCUGUGCUGACCCGCUCAGUGAUCGUGCGUUAUUGCGCGACUGCUUCCCAAGAAGAGCGCGCUCGGCAAAUAUUCUCGGAGGAAUUACAAUGGAUUCGUGAGAGCGCACCAUGCCUGAGCUGACUGGCCUCCUAUGAUGGCAUCCCUGUCGCCUACGGAUAUAUCGCGGCGAAACCCUCAGGAUGAGUACGAACUGGUGCAGCGGGUCGGCAGCGGAACGUACGGAGAUGUCUACAAGGCGAAGAGGCUAUCCACCGGUGAGAUGGCGGCCAUCAAAGUCAUCAAGUUGGAACCAGGGGACGAGUUUGGAGUCAUCCAGCAGGAAAUCCUGAUGAUGAAGGACUGCCGGCAUCCGAACAUUGUGGCCUACUUUGGUUCCUACUUACGGCGUGACAAGCUCUGGAUUUGCAUGGAGUACUGCGGAGGAGGAUCGCUGCAGGACAUCUACCACAUCACGGGCCCCCUGAGUGAGCAGCAGAUAGCGUACAUGUGUCGGGAGACGCUCAAGGGCCUUGCCUACCUGCACUACGUGGGCAAGAUGCAUCGGGACGUCAAGGGGGCCAACAUCCUGCUCACCGAUGACGGUGAUGUCAAGCUUGCUGAUUUUGGCGUGUCUGCCCAGAUCACUGCCACCAUCAGUAAGCGGAAGUCAUUUAUUGGAACACCCUAUUGGAUGGCGCCCGAAGUAGCGGCCGUGGAGCGUAAAGGCGGCUACAACCAGCAGUGCGACAUAUGGGCGGUGGGCAUCACGGCGAUCGAGCUGGCCGAGCUGCAGCCCCCGAUGUUCGACCUGCACCCCAUGCGGGCCCUCUUCCUCAUGUCCAAGUCGGGCUUCAAGCCACCCCAGCUCAAGGACAAGGUCAAGUGGUCCCAGAACUUCCACCACUUCGUCAAGGUGGCCCUGACCAAGAACCCCAAGAAGAGGCCUACAGCCGAGCGGUUACUCAUGCACCCUUUCCUCAACGGAGACCACCUGACCAAGCGACUGGCACGGGAACUCCUGGAGAAAGUCAACAACCCGCACAACAACUAUAACGACCUGGACCCGGACGAUGAAGGGAUCCUGUACAACGUGCCACAAAGGAUUGCGUCUCAACGGUCUGCGAGAACAGCCGAGCGACCAAACUCUGAACUCAACAUGGACAAUGUCAGCUUUGAACAACGAGUUUUCACAGAGCUCGGUGACGCAACGAAUCAGAAUGCACCAGUGCACAAUGGCCAGGGCAACAACCACUAUGACCUGGCGACAGCAUGGAUGGAGGGGGACAGCGAGAGGGAGGAGAUUCAACGGAGCCUGCUGGACAUUGUGGACGAGGAGCUGCGACACAGUCUGCUGCUGCCCUUAUGCGAGCAGGAUGCUCAAAACCGCGCCGACCUUUCGUGCAGGGGUCACACUGAAAGGUUGUCUGACCGGGACCUCAAGUACUCACAACAGGCCACACUUCCAAUGGACAAGGCAGACAAUGCGGACCCUUGGCCAUCGGGUCCACCGCACGAAAACGGUCAUGGUGGGCACAGCAGCCGAGGAGAUGGCAGUGCUGUCAGGGACGGCACGCUGGAGGCCAUUGCCACCACCACGAGGCUACCAGCCACGAGCUAUGCCAUGCUCGAGACCGACAUCCUGGGAGACAGCCCAGAGGACCACGAUGCCCGCGAAGGCAGCGUGACUCCAACGGGGACGCUGGAAGGACCCGGAGCUGCGGAAGAGGAACCCCUGUCUGAGACAGAGGCCCCUACGAGAGAUGCGGCAGGGCGCCCCGAAGCCCCACCACGGAGGAAGGAGAAGAGGCGGUCGCAUCUCGUACCCAACCUACCAAUGCAGAAGCCUGUAAGCAAUGGCCUUCCGCCGACACCCAAGGUACACAUGGGUGCCUGCUUCUCGAAGGUGUUCAACGGCUGCCCCCUCAAGAUCCUGUGCAGCACCAGCUGGAUACACCCUGAAACCAGGGAUCAGCACAUCUUGUUUGGCUGUGAGGAGGGCAUCUACACACUCAACCUCAACGAGAUUCACGACUCCUGCGUGGACCAGAUUUUUCCUCGGAGGACAUCUUGGAUGUUUGUUAUCAAGGAUGUUCUCAUGUCGUUAUCAGGAAAGAAUCAGCAAUUGUACAGGCACGACCUAGCUGCACUUCAUGCAAGAGCCGGGCAGCGGUUUGGCUUGCCGGUUGGUCGGCUACCCGAGCGGCUAGUUCCUCGACGGUAUGCGGCCACGACCAAGGUGGCGGACACCAAGGGUUGCAUACGUUGCUGCGUGGGUCGCAAUCCGUACAACGGCUACAAGUACCUGUGCGGUCUCUCCCCCCAGGGGGUCUUCCUCAUGCAGUGGUACAAUCCCCUCGCCAAGUUCAUGCUGCUCAAGCAAUUUGAGUGCAUGGUGCCGGCACGGUUAAGUGUCUUUGAGAUGAUUAUCACACCCGACCUGGACUACCCCAUACUCUGCGUUGGUGUCCGGAAAGGGUACGAUGGCUCCCAGCUGAAGCUAGACACCAUCGACCUCAACUCAUCAGCAUGCUGGUUUGGUUACAACGAAGACGAGGACUCAGACGGCCUGGAGACAAUGGUUCCUCGCCACGAACUUCUGCAUGUGGUUCACGUGACGCAGAUCGACAGGGACACUGUGCUCGUCUGCUACGACAAUCAAGUGAAGUUGUUGGACUUGGAAGGUCAGCUCAAGCCCAGUGAUGUGCAGCCUGCCGAGCUGCAUUUCGACUUCACGGUCGAGUACAUCGUGUGCUUGACAGACUGUGUGCUGGCCUUCCACAAACACGGCAUGCAGGGCCGGAGUUUUCUCAACAACGAGGUCGUUCAGGAGAUCAGCGACUCCACGCGCAUCUUCCGUGUCCUCGGAUCGGACAGCGCAAAGUAUUUUGGGUUCACGGCAGCCGACCCAACGUGCGAGCAGGCAGAAAGGAUCGUUGUGCUUGAGAGUAAAGCGACGGACACACCCACCGGACCUUCCAACAUCUACAUCCUUGCCGGCCAUGAGAACAGUUACUAGGACAAUGGCCGUGUGGCAUCUGGUUUGCAACCUUCCUGGGGCAUCCGAAGCAGUACAAUGGCCGGUGAAAAAAAGUUCACUGCAAGGCGGAAGCUCACUCAUCCGCUUCUGAAGACGCCAGUGUCGUUGCUGUGGUCCGUCGAAGAGCUUUGGAAACUGAUACAAGACGGGAAAUGCCGGUCUCUUUGCACUGGUCGGGAAGUUUGCAAAUGUCGUCACUGCGUGAAUCCUUCCGGUCUUCGGUUUCAACACUGUGAUUCGAGGAACUUCGUUCGGCGAUGUCACAGACAGACACAUGGAUUCUGGAGACAGUGGGACGUUGCUUCGAGUGACGCGUUUCAUGUGUUUGUGCUGUGUGUGCACGCUCGUUUCUGGAUGAGGUACGCAGUGAAUUGAGAGUCAACUAUGGUCUUCUAACACACUCACGUGAGUUUGGGCUAGUGCAGACAAAUUGUAAAUGAAAUGCUAGAAGCGGGACCUGCACGCAGUUUCAAUGACUGUCCGAACGACAUUGGGUGCGUUCAUCAUUGCCGAAGCAGGCACUCUGUAGCGUUGCUGAGCUUGCAGCUUCGGCAAAGUGAGAGAGUCAUCGGCAUUUUAGUUUUGACGAAAGUGCAUCAUCUGCCGUCCGCCAGGUGUCACUGCUACUCAGAUUCUGAGAUAGAAUUCAUUUCUUGUUCACUGCAUUCUUUUCUCUUUGUAUUUUAAUUUCUCUUUAGUCUGCGACAAUGAUGAUGAGCUGUACAGAUGGAGUGAUUGUUCACAGUUAUUUCUUUCUUCAGGUCUUCUUUAAUAUUUCUUUGUCUCAUUCACUUUUUUCCCUAUGUUCAUCUGUCCAUGUCUACAGUUGGUCGGUAUUUAUUUGUGUACAUAUAUUGAAACCCACACUUAUUUUUGUAUAGACAAAUGAAAUUGCUCUUUGCGGAAGCGGUAGACAAAUGUUAGGGCGCACUUCUUUUCUUAAGUGUGUCAAGCGACUCCGGAGGGUUUUUUUGUUUUAUUAGAGCUGCUCUCGUUUUAGGACUUUUUAUGUUGACAAGCUGUUUAUUUGCAGCGUUGCACAAUGAAGCAUGCGCUUCAGCUACUAUUUUCUAUGAGCACACCUUGAACAGUUUCAUGUGGUGCUUCUUAGCGAAAGCGUGCAGAGACUGGUAUAGAAGGUCCUAUAAGCCUUGCGAGUCAUGAGUGGAGGAAUAAUGGGAAGUCAUUUUAGAUACUGAUGGGUCGCUGUUUUGGACACCGUGUGGAAUUGUGUGUUCAUAGGUCAACAUUAGCAAAUGUUUUGUCCAAGCUAGAGCCCUGUCAUUUUUAUUUUGUCACUCUAUGGACACAACAACUUCAUUUCCUAAGUCUUGCUAGCAGAUCCUAGUUGAUUUCAUCGGAAUAUACAGGACUUUAUUGAACUCUGCUGAGGGAGUGUGGUCUACUGAGGGAGUGUGGUCAAGUUGCAUAGAAGUUGUAUGUAUAUUGCUUUAUGAAAUGGGGAGUAAAUUCUACCGAGAAGGCCUAAGUAAAAAAAUAAGGUCAGAUUUGAUUCAGAAUAGAGAUGUUGUAAUGACGUAACCAUUACUGCAUGUCGGAUGGCUUGAAAAAAUAUGAAGUCAAUCCUGUCACAUUUUAAGAAUUUCCUAGUUUAAUUGUAGAACCGAAGAAUUUCCUAGUUUAAUUGUAGAACCGAGUAAUAUAUAAAGACAUAAAAGAGCUGCAUAAGCUGUUUUUUUAUGUCUCGAGGGGCUUUGCAGCUUAUAAUCUAUGAGGUUUUGGCCCAGUCCUGUCUUGCAUAAAGAACGCUCUAACUUGGUUCUUAAUUGUUUCUAUUAGAUAUGCCCGUAUGCAAAAUGAGUAAACAGUGACAGAAAUAUUCACUUGUGUUAUGCUUCCGUAGUAUUCUGUUUAGAAAUUUUAUUACUGCUUGUCUUGGGCAUUUGUGUUCUCCAUUAACAGUGAACAGUGAUCACUUAUGCACCUUAACAAACCUGCCUUUUUUUUCCACGUCAGUGUGUCGAGCUUUCCCCGAGAGUCAGAUGUUAUGACAACACUACGUCGUGCUUUACUAGACCUAUAGGCCGAAUUCAGGACGUCGUGUGUAAAGCGAAGAAGGCCCAAUUAGUGGACGUGUUGAUACAACAGUGCAUGCCAGCUCUUGACAUGUUUUAAAAAAAUGCAAGGUUCCAUCUUGUAACACCCAAUGCAAGUGUCGUCGUUUGGCAUCACACUGAAUUUGGAAUCACGAUCCCUAAUUCAGUGGGAGCCUUUUAGGAAACCUACAGCUCUUCAGAGUUGUUACAUUUUGGGACUUUCUAAUGAAGUGUGCCUUCUUCGAAGAGCACACUUACGCCUAAGCAGGAAAGACAACAAUAAAAACUGCAGCAGUCGCCUUGGUAAUGCUCAUUCGAUACUAAAGCUGAAACCUAUUUGGGUAAUGUACCAUUGAACACAGGGGUAGGUAUAGAGGCAUACCAAAAGUUUCCAGAAAGCUCACAUGAUGGCUUAGAGUUGCAGUGAAACCCAAUAGUUUUAAGGUCGAUCACAUGCAGCAUUUGAACUGCUUUUCUUCGCUGCUAAAGUGCUAGUCUGGUCUGCAAUAACAAAUGUAAAAAUUUGUUUAAGAUACUUGAUUGAACAAACACUAACAAUAUUUUGAUGGCAUAGUUAGGGCCACUGGCCACCAGCAGACCUAAAAAAACCACAUGCAGCUCUCAGGCUGCACUUUGUACACCACCGAUCUUCACAAGUGCAGCUUUAUAUUUAAUUACCCCAUUUGUAAUUUGAAUUUAGUUCUUGCAGAUAUGCUGUCUACGCUUCGAAGCAAUGUCCCUUAUAGAGCUCGUAACUCUUGCAGUCUAUAUCACAGCUGCUCAUUCAACUAAAACAUGGGCAGAGCUGGGGUUACUGUCUUGCUGUGUGAAUUCCAGUGGAUCAAACCACGCUUGGUUUCAAUGAUGGGCUAUUCAGAUUGACACAUGCCACUCGCCUUCAAAGUACAACCUUGCGCCUUAAACUGAGUUGAAAUGUGGUUGUGUCACUAAGUGAAUUUGUCUGACUGAUAAGGAGUGUGGUUCCCACUGCGAUGAAAAAAUUGUGAGGCUCUUUCUGCUUGAAAAGGCUAACUGAAUGGCCAUAUGAGAAUUGUACGGGCUACAGGCUUAUGUGUAAUGUCGGUGAAGGCCAGUGCCUUUUGUACGUCGACCAUAGCCGCAAGUCAUGCAAGCUUUCAGCACAAUCAGAUGUGUACAUUGUCGAACUGCUCCUCGGGUAUAAUGAGCUUGCAAAACAGCAUCUGCAUAAGAUUUUGUUAAUAAUUUGGAAUGGCAGAAAGAUAGACUAGUUUACUGAGUGCAUAAUAGUUUUGCAGUUGUGUUCGAGGCAACUUACAGCCCUGCCUGAUUUUGACAGAGAUAAUAAAAGUCUACUUUUGCAGAACUCCAAGAUUUCGGUUAGCUUUAGUUUGAACUUCGUGGCUUUUGAAAAAGAAAAAUGCGAUGUUUUUCAAACAUCAGACAUAAGUCGUAACUAGUGCAAGUAUGUUUUGCUAAUGUUAGUGUCGACAAAAGCCAUGUUAAGGUGACAGCUGAGAUUCAGUGAUGCAUUGGUACUUCCUGUACCUCUGAUUCAUGUUCCCGGAAGCGCCGUCCCUCCUUUCGUCUUAUUAAGUAUUGAUCGAAUUCGUGUGUAUCACUUCUUUUCAUUCAGGAAGGCACAAGGAUACAACUGUCCCGCUUGUUCCCAAAAGCAUACAUAGUUCUACUGAUGCCAUCUUUCAUUAAACUCUCGGUCAUGAAUGGGAAAAUUUGUGAUUCGUAGGAGCUUGGAAAACACAAGUUGUAAAGCGAGGUGCAUCCAUAACUAGGUUCAUUAUUGGUAAUUGUAAUUUAGAAAGGGGUGACAAACAAUCAAGUCACUUUAACCGUGGGGCAGCUACUUUUGACAUUGUACGUACCUGAUAAAAAUUGUUUUGAAAGAGAAGUCACUCUUCAUACAAAUAUAGAAAUAAAGCUACAAGAGCAGACAAAGCAUAAGAUAAGGAUCUAUUUUCAAUGGUCAAUAGAGUCUAUUUAGAUAACAUACAGACGUCUCAAGCUUUUCAGCUAUAGUGUUUGGGUGGAAUUAAAUAUGACAUCGGAGGUUUUUGAGCAUAUAGCCUAGGGACUAUGUCAAUACGAGAUACUACUGGCAUCAUUGCUGACUUCUCUAAGCCUGUCAGAUAUUAAUUUUUUGAUUGACAUUUGAGAACUAGGCUGUUUAUGGGGAAGCUUAAUUUUUGAGUUCGUUUAAUACUCUUUUUUUUCCCUGUUCACCAUCGCUGAUUUUUUGCGCUCAUGUUUAUUUCUUUUCGUGCAGUCUUUGCGGAAGCUUUCAAAUUAAAGGAGAACCGUAGGUUAGACUAGUUGGUGUUCAUUCUUUAUUUUGUAUUCAUUGCAUACCAGCUGACGAACUAUGAGUGUAAAUAAGUGAACAAAGUUUCGAUAAUGUAGCUUAGUGCAGUGGCAGGCUGGUCAUGUGGCAACUGUAUCCACAGUCCUAGCCGUAGCCGUAACCGCCUGUGUUGCAUAUAACUGUGUUAACAGUUUGGACAGACCUCCAUGAUUACACUCCGCACAGAGUCGUCUGUGUAGUCGCCAAACUGUGCACGUGUAUUGUGCACGUGUAUCCUCUGCUACUUCAUCACAGACGCUUGUUUAAAACUGCGGUGGUUAGUUGGCGCAUGCGCUUUGUGAAAAUGCAGUUGACAUUUCACAGAGUGGUUCUAAGUGACAUUUGUUUUAUAUUUUUGCACCGAUUUAAAGGCUGUACUUGAAACUCUCCUUUAAAUUCUAUGUUGAUUUCGGUGGAAACUCCUUGAGUUUAUGUGUAUUUCUGGGCUCAUUUCAAAUGUAAUAUUUUCUACUAUAAUAUAUAGUUAUUAAAAUAUCCAUUGCGUAUGCCAUUUUCAGAGCCGUAGUUUCCUUAAACAGAGAGAUUUACAAAGGAAAUAAGUGCAUCAGAGUGACUCACAAUGAGAGCCGAACGCAAGAAAACGACAGUGGAUCAUUGGAACCUAUUUGAACAGCAGUUAUGACGUGUGGAACAUUCGUGACUGAUACACUGGCUUGUCCUAGACUUUCUCAAAUCUUUAUGUUGCCAUAAUUUUUUUUUAAUGGCUAAGAAACAUCAAUUUUUGUUUUGCUUUAUUAAUGUCUCGGUCCUGGUCAUUUUGAUGUGCUUAUUUACUUGGUGACCCUAUCAGCUUAGACAAGCUCUUGCUGCAAGAAAGGAUAUAAAAUGUUUGAUAUUUGAAAAAACUACUGACUACUGCGCUACAAAAACAAUUGCAUAUUUGAAUCGGCUCACAAAUACACAAAACCUCAGGAAGUUUUAUCUCAAUUGAUAAUAAUAAUGAAAAUUUUUGGGGGGCUCAAGACCCGUUUAAAAAAAUUGCAGGUAAAAAAAAGUAAAUGGUUUGGACUAGUGUUGUGUACUUGCCUUUUUACUCACUUGUUGUAGGCAUCAAUGGUCAUUGUCUAAAACAACAAAACUCAAGCAGCGACUUAUUUGUGCUCACUUGAAGUGCUGUCGAAAAUGGUUCUGACUCAUCCACUGGUUAUAGAUCGUAGUUAUGAUGGAGUACAUAGUGAAACAAACUGCCCACCUCUUAGGAUCACAUUCAAUCCUGGUCGUUUCUCAUCAUGCCCACAUUCAUGUAUCUAUAUACCCGUUAUAGCAAGCACGCCAGUGCAGUAAUGUAUUUCUGAGCAAGUGUGUUUUCCACUGGCUUGAAAGUGUGCUUGAGUAAACUCUGGACGAACAAACUGAAGCAGUUUGGAUUUGGAAUGCGUUGUCUGUACCGUGACGCGAUGAGGAAAGCAGACCUUGUAUGGUUUGAGCUAGUUGGGUUGUUGAUCUUCGUUAGACUUGCCUCAUGAGAAAAUCCUUGUUAGGUGUUAUAGUUUUCAUAAAACGGUGUGGAAAAGACUGUUGGUUUUUGGCUGACUUGUGCUGGUGGCAACAUUGCAAAGAUGUGUUAGCAUUAGCAUAUGUGGAGGGCGACUUAAUUAGUGGUAGGCAUCAUGUAAGCACACUGCUGCUUUUACUGCUUGUAUGUUUGUCGCAGUAUGCAAGCUCUUACUACUGGAAAGUAUUUUAAGACAGUUCUUUUUGGUGGAGUGGAUUGGGUGGUACAGUCACCUCUGUUAGUGACUUUAUUGUGCAUCCUUAUGCAAUGUCUCAAAUUGCUUAAUAUAAGACCAUUUUGACCCAUUCUUAGCCUCAUGUGCUAGGGAUGCCCUUCUUACUUCACAUUCAUUGACUUAAGAGCGUAUCUACAAUGAGUUCUCUUCUUUAGCUCAGAUUUGGGAUGCUCGGGAACUGCUGAGCGCUCAGAAAGAGCUGCUUACAUGAAAAUGCUGCAUAUUUUCUUUCUUUUACUCUACUCGAGUUUCUGAGCUGGUUACUAUUUCUUGGAACUUUUGUCGAUCAUCGUGACAUUCUGCACACUGUGCAAAAAUGUAUGUGAUACAGAUUGGACCAAAAUUCUGAUUGUACUUUGGCCGAUGCCAAUGUACAUCUUUGUUUUGUACGUUUGAAGUUUCCGUAGUGUAUCUUCAGUGGAAGUCACCAGAUUUUUUUUAUAUAGCACUUUGUGUGUUGUAUCAAAAAUUGACCGUUGAAUUAUAAGUGCGACCUCGUAUGGAUAAAAAGCGGUCGCCAAGUUGAAACAGUCAAGCAGGCCAGCAGACACGCUCUCGAUUUUGUGACGUACGUUUGGGUUGCGAUGCCUCUGUAGUUAUACUCUCGGUACUCAAACUUUUGUUUUUCCCUGUGUGUAUGUGUAGGCACAUUACUGCUUGUAAUGGUUUUGAUAAGCCUGAAAUUUCCUGUAGGCUUCCUUCGUGGUUGCUGCGCAUGAAUCUGUAUUAUAUAUAUAUGUAUGUAUGUAUACGAGUGUGUACACAAUUUUGCUAGCUGUGAUGUUAGGAUUGCCACAUUUACGUUGACGCUUUUUAUUUUCGUAGACACCACCUGUUUCUUUUUUUUAUUGCCCAGUGGAGGUGGGAGGAAUAUAAGAGUGGCGUAAUAAAUGAGAGUUGAAUGCAAGCCUAA